AUGGAGCUAAACCAAGAAGAAAAAGCCAUAAACAGUGUGUGUGCUGAGCAAAGAAUCGGGAAUGUGCUUAACUUAUAUGCCAAGCUGAUAAUGCAGCCAAAGAAUGCAAAGAAUUUGUUGAUGGAGGAUGUGGAGGAAAUGGGAAUCGAUUCAGGACUAAAAAUGAAUGCGAAAGCGCGUUUUCGGAAAAGGAUUGAUCGUUUGAAAGAA